AUGACAAGGCGAUCCAAGCAAACAGACAGCAGACGCGCCGGGGGAGAGAACCCCAGCCCAGCUGGCUCUGGGCAAAGGGUUCUCUCCAGGAAGUUGAACGAGUUGCCGUCCACGGGGCGUGGAACGCUGCUCUUGUUCAACAAGGUCUCUGGUCGAAUGGGACCAGGGCCUACGCAAGAGCAGUUGCAGCAAUGGGCUGCACCAACAGAGGGUUUUGAAGCGAUGGCAGUUCUUGAAGGUGGCUACGCAUCAUCUCUCCUCGCGCAACACAACGUUGUCGUGCCUUCACCCGAAGGCGAACUCUUGUACACCAAAGACGCCAUAGCAGCGUUAGUUGAGGCGCACAACGCUUCGGAAACGAAGCCAGAUCCACCCUCCCAGCCAGCCGGAUCUCCAAGCUCGAGUUCGGGGAACAGCAAGGGGAAAGACCCUUGUUUCGACCAGCUCAUCGAGUCUUCACGCCUUCCAAAAGGACGACAGGUGUCUCUCCUUUCCCCAGACCAGAUCCUGAGUACCAUCACUACCAGUAUCCAUCCACGUCGUGCGCCAAUCAUGGCAGACCUCGAAGAAGAACAGAAGAAGAAGGCUCGAGAGAUCGAGGAGCUACAGGCCCAACUUACAACGGCGCGAGAACAACUGACGGUGCUUGAAGGCACCAAUUCGCGACUUGAGGAGCGUCUCAGCGGCAACGACAGCACUGUUUCAGAGCUCCAAAGGAUCAUAUCGAAUCAGGAGGGCAAAAUCCAGCAGCAAGAAAGCAAUGCGCGGCAGCGAGAACAAGAGCUCAGUCAUCGCGACGAGCAGAUCCGACUGCAGGAGGCCACACUGGGGGAACUGAACGAAAAGAUCGGUGAGCUUGAAGGUGAUGUCAGCACUCUCAAGGACGAUCUUCGGUCUGAACGAAAGAGCUUCGCAUUGGAGAAAGAUCACAACCAGAGAGAAGUCGGCAACUUGAAGGAUGAGAUUGCCAAGCGUGGAGAAGAGUUCGAUAACCUUGCGCAGCGUCUAGAGAAAGAGCAGUACAAUCUCUCCCAGGAGCGAACCGCACAUCAAACCGCAAGGGAGUUUUUGGAAGAGGUGCGGCAAACAAAUACGACGUACAAAGAUCAGAUCAUUUUCCAGCAAGGGAAGAUCAGUGAGCUUGAGGAAGCUGGGAACAGUAGCCGUAAUAUGAAGAAGCAGAACGACGCACUUCUCGACGAGCAAGAGAGUUUCAGUGUCAAGGUCAAGGCUUUGGAAGAAGAAGUGGAGAAUCUACAAGAGCAAUUGGAAGCCAGCCAUGGGCAGCUAAAAGAGAAGAAUGACGAAUAUGAUAGCCUCCGCACCGAGUCCAGAGCUUUACGCUCACGUAUCGACGAGAUGGACAUCGAAAAGUCACGCUUUGACCGCGAUCGCUUGAACUUUCAGACUCAGGUCACCACUUUACAGGCGCAGCUCGCCGAGCGCUCCAAGGCCAUCGACACUGAGGACACCGGCCUUUUCACACCGCCACCACCUACCCCACCUCCUUUGAACAGAAUGAACAGCCUUGCAGACGAGCUCUCAGGACAAAGCGACGACGAAGAAGAGGACGAAGAGGACGGGAAUUCGCUGGCCGAAACCGUGAACAUCGAUAUGAUUGAGCACGAGACGCAGACUGACCCUGAGCCAAUCGUUGAGCCACCUAGCCUGAAGAGCAGUGUUCUCACUAUUGUCUCCUCGGAGCCUCUCGACGCACCAGCACCCCCAGAGCCGAUCAUAGAGCGUCUGACUCCAAGUGGCGUUCGUGAAACAGUAUCUUCUGUCCCUGUUGCAGUAACACCGCCCUCAGCACCGAUCAUACCCAAGCCCGUGGCGCUACCUGUCGCUCAUACGAAGUCGAAGAGCUGGUCUCCUAUCUCAAAUCCCUACGAUACCUUGUGGUAUCUUGGCGCAACUCUCAUCAGCUUGUUGUUGGUCCUCAUGGCGUCCCAGACCAUAGAAUACCAAGCUUUCAACUCGCCAUCACCCUCCACCCCGUUGCGAAUUCUACACGCCACAGCUUCGCCGGUGAUCUCUGUCUUUCACGCCUUCCCAUCAGCACGCGUCUUACCGAUUGGAUUCAGCAACACGCCUCUUUCGCGGGCAGGAAGUCACGGAAUGGGAAGUUGGGCCGGUGGACUUGUACCCGUUGGGUUUACUGAGAGUUACUUGGACCCGGGAUAUAUGUUUGGCGAAUGGAUGAUCUGGGCAGAAAGGGUGUUGGGUGUGGAUCGUGGAGCUUUGACUUGA